GAAAUGAUAUUUCUCCAAAGAUUUUGCAACAACCCGAUAAUCCAAAAUAUCUCAUCGUCAAAUCCAACGCAACUUGUGCGGCAUAUCAUUUUCCGAACCUCGUGACUAAAAUCGCCAACGACUACAGCACCGCGGCGCGCCUCUCGCCAACAUGGCGACCAUCGCAGAGGAACUUCUGAAUGACUUCGGCGAUUCAGGCUCAGAGAAUGGCGAUGACGCACCGGGGGGCUCGGGCGAGUUUUAUAACAAUUUAGACACAACGACAGACGAUCAGAGUACCAAAGAUGCCGAUGCGCAAGGACCGGAGAUGGACAUCGAUGAAGAAGCGGCGUUUGGUAAUGGUGAUACCAUACCGAGCCAUCUGAAAGUCGACGCGCCAGAAGAGCCGGAUGAAGCGAAAGCGCGAGUGGAAAAAAUGGACUUGUAUAAGGUUUCAGAUGUGCGCAGCGUUGCGGGUCUGAUGAAGCAGCUGGAACCAAUUCUCGAAAAGAUCGCUUUCUACAAGCAGCCUGGAAAUGCGCCCAAAAACAUAGGCAAUGUCGACGAUAACCCCGAGUACAAACUUCUCACACAGGCGAAUACACUAUCGACGCAAAUCGACAGCGAGGUCAUCCUAGUACACAAAUUUAUCCGCGAUCAUUACUCUGUGCGGUUUCCCGAACUUGAGACUCUUGUUCAAGGUCCUCUCGAAUAUGCUAAGACUGUAGCUAUCAUCGGGAAUGGUCCCAUGGAAUCUAUCCGACAAAUUGGCGAGAGCAAAGACAACAUGCUCGGGAUGACUUUGCGACAAGUUCUAGAUGGUCCAUCAGUUAUGGUCGUCACCGUCGAGGCUACAACGACUGCAGGCCAACCUCUGUCCGAGAAAGAGCUUGAGACCGUGCAAAGGGCUUGCUCGAUGAUGCUGAAGCUCGACGACUCAAAGAAAGUGCUGACUGAUUACGUUCAAUCUCGCAUGUCCAUGUUCGCACCCAACCUCACCACCCUGAUCGGUUCGAUCACGGCUGCGCAACUUCUGAACUACACCGGUGGUAUAUCGGGCUUGGCCAAAACGCCAUCGUGUAAUCUGGCGGCGCUCGGAAACAAGAACAAUCGGCGUGGUCUAGGUCUCGCCACUAACACCAGCGUGCGAUCACAAGGUGUUCUCUACCAAAACGAUGUAAUCCGCGACGUACCUAACGAGCUCAAAACUCAAGCGAUGCGAAUCCUCUCUGCCAAGAUUGUGCUCGCAGCGAGAGUGGACCUCGCUCACGAAUCACCUCGAGGGGAAAUCGGCCUGAACUUUGCAGACCAAGUCGAGAAGCGCAUCAACAAACUUUCAGAAGCGGCCCCCAACGCGUCCACUCGCGCUCUGCCCGCACCUGACGAUAAACCCGCACGGAAGCGAGGUGGACGACAGGCGCGCAGAGCCAAGGCCGCGGUCGCACAAACCGAUCUCAGCAAAGCCCAGAAUCGCAUGGUGUUCGGCAAGGAGGAGCGCGAAGUCAGCUUCGGAGACAGCACCAAGGGCCUCGGCAUGAUCGGCAUGCAAGACGACGGCCGCAUCCGCAAGACCCAAAUCGACCAACGAACCAAAGCCAAGCUCGGCAAGAAAAACCCCGGCUGGGGAGGCGGCCAAUCGGUCAUUCCAGGCGCCGUCAGCGCCAUGCGCGCCCUCGGCCAGGAUGUCCCCGCGGCGACCGGUCUGCGCGGCGCCGGGGUUGGAAGCGGCAUGAGGACGCAGAUUGGAAACUCCGGCGGGACAGCGUCGACGAUCGCGUUCACUCCUGUUCAGGGGCUGGAGCUGGUCAACCCCGCGUUACGACAGGAGAUCAACCGGAAGAGACGCGCCGAGGAAGACCGAUGGUUUAAGGACGGCACCUUUACCAACGUUGGGAAUUCGUCGGGCUCGGCUCUUAAGGUGGAUAGCGGAGGUUUCAAGGUCCCGGCGUUACCGAUCAAGAAGCAGAAGCAGGACGGAUGAAGCUCUGUGAAGGACUGGGCAGUAUCUCAUAACUUCAAGGCCGUUAUCUUUGCGCUGAGUGCAAGAAUCUUGCACCAUCGAGCUCUGAUUCUGACUUCCACAGACAGUGACUUGACGCACGCCUACGCAAGCGCGAUCCCGACUCGCGCUGUGUCCUGGUGCAGAAUCAUCAUCAUUCAGGUAUGUGCCGAGCCAUCGCUCACGCAUUAUGUAUUACUUCUCUAUGAAUGAAUCCAAAGAUCCUUACAUAAGCAUUUGAAUUAGCAACCGCAAGACACUGGCUUCGGCGAUCGUCGUCGUCACGCCGCUAGCAAUGCCUUUGCCAAUCGACUCUCGCCACAC